CCCUGGCGCGGCGGAGAGAGGGCGGGCAGGGGAGGCGUCGGCGGCGGCGUCUGGGGUCGGUUCGGCUGCGAAAGGCGCGUCUGUGGCGGAUCCGUCCGGGGCUGCGGCCGCUUCCUCGUCUUCAGGGGAGGGAGAACCACUGAAAAGGUGCUAUGAAUGGUGAAUCUAGAGCAGAGGUGGUAACCUCACCACCUCCAGCAGCCCCUCAUAAAGAGAGGUAUUUUGAUAGAGUUGAUGAAAAUAACCCAGAGUACUUGCGAGAGAGGAACAUGGCUCCUGACCUUCGCCAGGAUUUCAAUAUGAUGGAACAGAAGAAGAGAGUCUCCAUGAUCCUUCAAAGCCCAGCAUUUUGUGAAGAAUUGGAAUCGAUGAUCCAGGAACAAUUUAAGAAAGGAAAGAACCCAACAGGUCUACUGGCUUUACAGCAGAUUGCAGAUUUCAUGACGACAAACGUUCCAAAUGUCUACCCAGCAGCACCUCACGGUGGAAUGGCUGCCCUCAACAUGAGUCUUGGCAUGGUGACCCCUGUGAAUGAUCUCAGGGGUUCAGAUUCAAUUGCUUAUGACAAGGGCGAGAAACUGUUGAGAUGCAAGUUGGCAGCCUUCUACAGACUAGCUGACCUCUUUGGGUGGUCACAGCUUAUUUACAAUCACAUAACAGUCAGAGUAAAUUCAGAGCAGGAACACUUUCUCAUUGUGCCUUUUGGGCUUCUCUAUAGUGAAGUUACUGCAUCCAGUCUGGUUAAAAUAAAUAUUCAAGGUGAUGUUGUUGAUCGUGGAAGCACUAAUUUGGGAGUUAAUCAGGCUGGCUUCACAUUGCACUCGGCUAUUUAUGCAGCUCGACCUGACAUUAAGUGCAUCGUUCAUAUUCACACGCCGGCAGGAGCAGCGGUGUCAGCAAUGAAAAGUGGUCUCUUGCCAAUCUCUCCAGAGGCACUGUCUCUUGGGGAAGUAACCUACCAUGAUUACCAUGGGAUUCUUGUAGAUGAGGAGGAGAAAGUGUUGAUUCAGAAGAAUCUGGGCCCCAAAAGCAAGGUUCUCAUACUCAGAAAUCAUGGUUUGGUAUCAGUUGGAGAAAGCGUGGAAGAGGCUUUCUACUAUAUUCAUAAUUUGGUCGUUGCUUGUGAGAUCCAAGUACGUACUCUGGCCAGUGCAGGGGGGGCAGACAACUUAGUGCUCUUGGACCCUGGAAAAUACAAGGCUAAGUCUCGUGGCCAUGAGCCUCUAGCAGGGGAGGGGACAGCAUCUUACCCCAAAUGGCAGACUGGAGAGCAGGAAUUUGAAGCUCUUAUGCGAAUGCUUGAUAAUUUGGGUUACAGAACUGGCUACCCCUAUCGAUGCCCUGCUUUGAGAGAGAAAUCUAAAAAAUACAGUGACGUGGAAAUCCCUGCUAGUGUCACGGGGUAUUCUUUUGCUAGCGAUGGGGACUCGGGCACUUGUUCUCCUCUGCGGCAUAGUUUUCAGAAACAGCAGCGAGAGAAGACAAGGUGGCUGAAUUCUGGCCGAGGAGAUGAUGCUUCUGAAGAAGGGCAGAAUGGCGGCAGCCCCAAGUCGAAGACUAAGGUGUGGACGAACAUUACACACGAUCACGUGAAACCCUUGCUGCAGUCUCUCUCGUCCGGUGUCUGCGUGCCAAGCUGUAUUACCAACUGCUUGUGGACUAAAGAGGAUGGACAUAGAACUGCCACCUCUGCUGUCCAAAAUCUAUUUGUUCCAUUGAACACUAACCCAAAGGAAGUCCAAGAAAUGAGGAACAAGAUCCGAGAGCAAAACCUGCAAGACAUUAAAACUGCUGGCCCACAGUCACAGGUUCUUUCUGGGGUUGUUGUGGACAGGAGCCUCGUUCAGGAUGCUCCCCUCUCAGACUGUACGGAAACAAUUGAAGGGCUCGAUCCCACAGAGCAGGCCUUUAAUCCCGCUAAAUCUGUCUCUGUUAGAAAGGGAGAAUUGGUGACAGCAUCAAAGGCAAUAAUUGAGAAGGAGUACCAACCACGAGUAAUCGUAAGCACAACAGGACCAAACCCCUUCAACAAGUUCACAGACCAAGAGCUAGAAGAGUAUCGCAGAGAAGUAGAAAGGAAACAGAGGCAGUCAGAAGAUUCAGACGAUGCCAGGCAGCCGAGGGAGAGGAGCUCUUUGGAGCACCCUGCUGCUUGCACUCCUCCCAGCACUCCAGUGAAACUGGAGGAAGAGAGGCAACCUAACCAGACUUGCACCGAUGACAGUGAUGCUGCAACUUUCAAGCAAAGCCUCCCAGAUCUCACCCCUGAUGAGCCUUCAGAGCACCUUGGCUUCCCAACCUUUGGAAAAGAGGAUGAUAAAAGUGACAAAGAUCUCGCCCAAAGCCAGACUGAGUUACCUCCUGAAAAUCCAGAACCCCAAUCUCAGCCGGGUGAAGAGGCAGCGACCCCACUGGCUGAGGAGGGGGCAGCAGCCGAAGCCGGCGGUGAUGAGUCUCCUGGGAAGUCUCCGUCCAAGAAGAAGAAGAAGUUCCGUACACCUUCCUUCCUGAAGAAAAACAAAAAGAAGACUGACUCCUAAAUACCUUCAAAUAUACUGUCAUGGUUAGAGUCUAAGUUUAUUAACCACUAGAAUGUAUCAGUUCUUACUGAGUGUUUUCUUUUGUCUUUAGUAACAAGCAGACCAAGCAACACCCUCAAGCUAUAGCUUGAUUGCUUAAGAUUAUAAUGGAAAAUUAAUGAGCAGAAGGUGCUAAUCCUGCAUAUUCAACAGCAGCUAACCAGGGUUUAUCCCUAGUACGCAAACAAAGCUAAAUGACUUCCAUGGAACCCCAUGUGUCACCUUGAGAGUCCAUGCUGAUUUAUAUAUGCAGUCAAUGGAUUUUCGCAAGGUCUUGCUCCACGGGGUGUUGCUGUCUGCUCACUCUAACAUUUGUUCUUGUCCCAGAGCCUACUGUUGUUACCAAGUGGCUUCUUAAAUACUGACAACUUGGAUAUGAUUGCAGUUAUAUUUUGAGAGGUUGUAUUAUGGAACCGAGCACCUGCUUUCGCACUGUGUAAUUAGAAAUAACGUUACACUGAGGCUUUGAAGAAAGCUGUCUUUUCCCUUCCCUUAUUCUGUAUUGUAGCAUAGCUGAAAUUUAAAUCUAUUUGUUAUGUGUAAGAAGAAUGAAGUGAUUUGUGGUGUUUCCUGCUGAUCCCUCUGCCUGCGUUCUAAUAAACUGACAGAACAACCAGUUAUUUUACUAAUUUCUUUCCUACCAAAAGUUUAUACCCAACCUCACCUGAUAAUUCGGAAGUUAAUUUCAAGCCUUUGAAAAUAAAAUUUCCUAGUAGCAGGCACAUACCUACUGCCUUUAUUAAGUCAGAUCAUGACCUCACUCAAUUGCUCCAAUAUGUUGCGCCGCUUGCGGAUGCAACAGGAGCUGUACUACAGCAUGAGCUGCCCCAGUCAUUUCCAAGGCCAUGUGGCUCAUUUCCGAGAACCCUUGGAAGGUUUGUCAUAAUCUGGCACUGACUUGGCACAGCUUGCUAAUCUCUUCUGCUUCUCUGGAUUCACUGAUUUAAGCUACAGUGCAGAGACUAAACUUUUGAGUUGUGCAAGGCAAUGUUUCAGAAACAAUUGGUAUUUCUUCUAAACCUGUAAAGUUGACUGAGUUCUGGUUAUAACAAAAGAAAAGACUCACUGUUUAAGGUCAGUUGGGAACGAAGAUGCUGAUUUUUAUUGAUUAACUUCGGUAAUGAAUAAUGCACCACUGGGGGGGGCAGAUUGUGUAGGUUUUUAAUUGAAGUUUGGUGAAAUAGCUAGUAUUGAAUGCCUUACAAUUCGUGCUUUAAAAAAGCACAGAAGAUUAGAAAGAAUUCAGUGACUGGUGCAGCUUUAUUCUAAACAUUAUGCCUAUGUUAGGUUCCAAAUAGAUACCUUGGAAACCAGUUUGAAACAAAUCACUUUAAAAUGGUAAAAUAAAUAACACCCGUGCAGAAGGGUUACAGGGAGAUUGGGGGAGGGUUGGUGGUACUAAAACCAUCACUAAUGGAAAAGCAGAAGUGCUGAUAACAGAGAGAGAGAAAGGAAUUUUUCAUAUGGACUGCAUGGCACUAAUGGCUUUGAGCUUGUUUCCUAACUGUGUGUCCUGUGAACACUAAAAGCUUAACCGUGUCUCAUUGCCAGGAUUGAAAUUGCAUUACAAAAGCCAUUGCUUUAGUGUUUCUGUUAUAAAAUGUAGGGACUCUAAUCUUUGACCACAUAUGCAAUGAUUUUUAAGUUCCAGUUUUGUAGUUCUCAAUUCUUUCUAUUACAUAAUGAAAUCUAGUUGUGUAUUGUAUGAGAACACACUUCAGUGGGACAGGGAGGGAAAGGGAAGAGUCCUGUAUUUUUUCUUCUUCUUUUGUUGUUUAAUUCAAUUCUACACAAAUAAAAUUCUUUAAAGGA